AUGCAUCGACGGUGGGUACAGGCAGAAGUCGGUGGUCUCCACGCAGUUGGUGCCACGAGCAACAGGCGCUCGCACGGCAAGAUGUGGCGCACCACGAAGACCAUGCCACGGGCACGCCCACUGCAGGCCUGUUGGAGGUCACUGAAGCCAACGAGCCUCGUUGCUACGUCACUCUCGUGCCUGCACUCCUGCAUAAGAACCAUGCCGGGCCGGUGCUGCUACAGUCGAGCAGCAACAACAAUCCUGAAGGUCGAAUGGCCGGAAGUUCUGAGCUGCCCGACAGCUACGAGGCCAUCUUCAUCGGGGCUGCGGCUCUUGCGGGCACCACCGCGGCGGGUGAUGCCGACGGAGUGA